GACGUAAGCCUUUUCUGAUUCCAUUCUUUUUCUCCUUGUCCACUUCCUGGAAAUUCUUUGAGCUCGCUCAACGAAUUUAGUGCCAUCGUGAUCAUCGCUGACUUCAUAAUUCCUUUGACUAACCCGUUUCCAUGCAUCAAUCUGGUACACAGAGACUUGCAGGUUUGUGUCAAGUCACUGAACACCUUUUCCUCAGCAAUGGCCGAGCUGCAAAUGACAAGGCAAACGUAUCUCGUUUCAACAUCACUUGCAUCAUAAACGCAACACAAGACAACACAAAAAUGUCUACUGCAGAAUUGGAAUAUGUAAACAUACCUGUUACAGACUCUCCAUCUUCUCUUCUGAGUGAUUACUUUGAUGAGGUAGCUGAUAAAAUCAAACUCACUGGAGAGCAGUAUGGACACACAUUGGUUCAUUGCAAUGCUGGUGUGAGUCGCUCAGCAACGCUUUGCUUGGUGUAUCUAAUGAAGCACCAUGGAAUGACACUUUUGGAGGCACAUAAAUGGGUCAAGUCUUGUCGACCUAUAAUCAGGCCAAAUAGUGGAUUUUGGAAACAACUUAUCCAGUAUGAGAACAAGCUUUAUGGUUGUGCUACAGUCACAAUGAUAACUUCCCCAAUUGGUGAAAUACCAGACAUUUAUGAAGAGGAAACCCGAGAGAUGUUUCCACUUUGACAUGGAUAAUUUGCUAAAAUGUGUAAACACCUACCAGUCUCAAGCUUUCCUAAUCUAAUAUGGCAGUCUAUUUAAGUCGGUCAGGGUAUUCACUCUUUCUGCUUCGUGUUCUGCAUGUGGUUGCUAAACCCAUCCACCACCCCAGCCUCCACCUGUUGGUUCUGUUUCCUUCAGAGGGGUGAUUGGUAUUUAGUAGUAUUGUAUGCACCAUCGUGGUGAGUUACUCAAAAGGCACAGAACCUAACGCCAAGACAUUGUAUGUGUAUUGUUGAGCAUUGUUUCUCUAAUAAGUGGUUCAACUAAGACAGCAUUUCUUUUCUGAAGUGAAGUUGUUUUCCAGCUGCUACUGUAUAAUAAAACCUGGUUUAACAUG